GUUUGUUCUCAAAGAUCACUGCAGCAGUGGAAUCAAUUUUGCUAUUUUGGAACAUUACACCAGAGGAAGAUCCAAACCAGAGGAACCUUAAUCCUGUUGAUGUUCUGGACGUGUCGUGGUUUUACACCUGAAAUCAACCUGCAAGCAGCCAACAGAUACCUUCACCUCCGGCCAGAGUUUGUUUGCUGAAAAACUGAAGCAGCUAUGAGGUAUUCUGUCUCUCAUCUUCCAAGAGGGCUCGAAAAAAGGGGUGCUGGGAUCUGCUUUGUUGUUUUGCUCACCGUCAGCUUCACUUCCUUAUAUUUAAGAUAUUUAGCAUCCUUCGCUCCUCCAGACAACCUGCCGGUGGCCAGUGAAGGAGACCUGAGACAGAGCAUCAAUUUAGACGACACGCUUAACUUUGGAGUCAGACCAGAGGUUGAAACACGCACAUCUUGGAAAGCUCCAAUCAUCUGGGAGGGGAUGUUUGACCCCGAUCUUUACGACCAAACGCACAUCCAAAACCAGUCAUCCGUGGCCCUCACUGUAUUUGCUGUGGGAAGGUAUCUGGAUGCCUACCUCAAGACUUUCCUGACCUCUGCAGAAAAACAUUUUAUGGUGGGACUACAUGUGACCUAUUACGUGUUCACGGAUCUGCCAGAGAAGGUACCAAACAUCAAGCUCGCUCCUAAUCGAAGCCUGAAGGUUAUUCCGGUGGAAAAGCACUCCAGGUGGCAGGACAUCUCCAUGAUGCGGAUGAAAACAAUAUCAGAUGCCAUAGAAUCAGAGAUUCGUCACCACUGCAAUUACGUCUUCUGCUUAGAUGUGGAUCAGGAGUUUAAGGGAAGAUUUGGCUCAGAGGCUCUGGGGGAAUCUGUGGCCUUGCAACACGCGUGGUAUUACAAACUUCCAAAGCAUAGGUUCACCUAUGACAGAAACCCCAAAUCCAAAGCCUACAUGGAAACCGGAGAUUACUACUACCAUGCUGCUAUCUUUGGAGGCUUGUGGAAAAAUGUGAAGGAUUUGGCAGAUUACUGCUUUCUGAGUAUCAUGGAGGACAAACUAAACAGUGUGGAGGCUCUGUGGCAUGAUGAGAGUCAUCUCAACAAGUACUUUUGGCUUAACAAACCAAGCAGGCUGCUCUCGCCUGAGUACUGCUGGGACCCGGUUAUUGGUCAAAGCAAGGACAUACCCAUCACCCGCCUAAUAUGGGCACCAAAACAUUAUGCCAAACUUCGUACUCGGUAGAGUGGCUAGAAGAGCCACUCUACCGAGUACGAAGGAUGGGGUUGAGUGAAGCCAUGUGGUGAUGUAUGUUAGUUGAUUAGCUAUGUAGUAUUUAUUAAAGUUUGGAGCUUCUAGUCCUCCUAAGGAUUUAGGUUUUUUAAGGGUUGUCAGUUUUAUUCUUAUUUGUUUGUUUUCCCAGUAGAAUUAUGUGAUGAGUGUGUCCAGAUUUGUAAACCAGUUGGAUGUUGGUUGGAUGGGGAUCAUGUUAAACGGAUGAUAAGAUUAUCAUUUUUAGUGUAUUGUUUCGUCCGAGUGUUAAGGGGUGCGUUGUCCAGCGUGUGAGAUCUUCUUCUAUGCUUUUUAACAGAAGUGUAGUUGAUUUGGUCCAAUUGAUUGAGUUGUCAGAUAUAUUAGAGAAUGAGUUGAUGAGUUUUGUUACUUCGUUGGAUUUUGGAGGAAUAAAAUAAUAUCAUCUGCAUAAAGGCUUAUUUUAUGGGUUGUAGUAGAUGUGGAGAUGCCGGUGAUGUUAUUAUUCUGUCUGAUUGCUGCUGCUAAUGGUUCUAGAAAGAGGGCAAACAGUAGUGGUGAGAGAGGGCAACCUUGUCUUGUUCCACAGAGUAAUCUAAAGUUAGGGGAUGUUAUUCCAUUUGUGAUGACAGCAGCCAGUCAGGAGUUAUACAAUAUUCUUAUCCAUUCAAUGAAUGAGUGUAUGAUAUUGAAUAUUUUCAGUGUUGAGAAGAGGAAGUUCCAAUUUACCCUGUCAAAUGCUUUUUCUGCGUCUAGUGAUACCAUGAUUAAUUCUAUUUUUUUUUAUUUUGAAGGUGGUUCAUUAGAUAGAAGAGGCUUCAUGUGUUGCUAGCAGAGUUUCUUCCUUUAAUAAAUCCAUUUUGGUCCAGAUGAAUUAGAUUUGGAAUUACUUGUUCUAACCGGUUUGCGAAUAUUUUACUGAUGAUUUUGGGAUCUGCAUUGAUGAGUGAGAUGGGACGAUAGCUUGAGCACAGUGUAGGGUCUUUAUUUGAGUAUCUGUCUGUGCCUGGUGCUUUAUUGUUGGGGAAUUGUGAUAGAGCUUUUUUGUAUUCUGUUGAAGUGAAUGGGGAAUUUAGAGCAUCGAUUUGUUUGUCGUUCAGUUUAGGUAGUGAGAUGUUACUGAGGAAUGAGUUAAUUUUGCAAUGGCUAUUUUCUUUUCCAGGGGUGUAUAGUUUGCUGUAGAAGGUUCUUAAAGUUUGGUUUAUGGCUAGUGGGUCAUGAUGGGUGUUCCCAACGGGGUUUUUGAUUGCAGCAAUAGUGUUUCUUUUUUAUUUCUUCUUAGUUGGUUUGCUAAGUGUCUCCCUGCCUUGUCUUUAUAUGCAAAGUUAUUAUAACGUAGUCUUUGAAGUAGAAAUUGUGUUUUUUGGUUGAUGAUGUUGUCAAGUUGGAAUUUGAUUUCAUUGAUUUCAACCCAAGUAUAUCUUAAUGGUUGUCUUUUUUUUCCAGAAUGUCUCAGAAGGAUUGUAAAAAGAUAUGUCAAAUAUGCGUAA